AUGGCGAGCCACACAAGCGCGACACGGCGGCGCCGCGUGUUCCACACGUUGUGCCGCAUGCAAGUGACAGGUGCGACGACACCGUCGACGGUUGCGCGCGUCACACAGACGUCGCAGUGGAAGCGACAGGGCGCGCGUCCGCGUCUCCAGACCGUCGCCGACUUGCCGCUGGACUUUGUCGCGUCUCUCGAUGCGGACGAAGCGCGCGCCAACACACUCGAGCACUCGUUCCAAGGACGGAAACAGAGCUACGUCCUCCUCCUGCGGGAGCUCUACGUGAUGCUCGACGGCGUGGCGCAGGACCGCCGCAAGCUGCGGCUUGUGCUGCAGGAGCUGGUGCAGCGCCUGUUGGACCCGAGCGGGGUCCACGCCGAGUUCGACCGCACGUCUCCCAGCGAACACGUGGACGAGUCCGUCGGUCGGUACGUGGCGGCCGAGCGCGAGACGUUCCUGCGAGUGGGCGGCGACGAGUGUCUACUGCGUGUCUUGCACGCGCUCCGUCUCGAAGACCAGUUGAUGCUCGAAGCAGCCGCAAAGCAGCCGCCGAUAUGGUCCACGCUCGUGCUGGACGGAGAGCGCCGUCAGAAGCACGGCGUGAGUCCGCGCAGUGACGUGCGGGCGCUCUGGGAGUUGCCUGUGCCCGUUGUUGUGUCUCCAGGAAAGCACGGAGCCGACGCGUCGCUAAGGCGACACAUUCUCAACGAUACGCUGGCGAUUUUGCGGGAAUUGUGCUACUUUUCCAGCAAUCUGGCCCUCCAGCUAGGGGAUAAAGACGGCUUGAUUGUGUAUUUGUUCCAGCUUUUGGGCGAUGUCCGGUUCUUUGACAAUGCGUCUGGACUGGUGGAAGAGAUUCUGGCCGUACGAGACACGUCGUUUGACCUCAGUCGCGUCCCGAACGUUCACGCGAUCAUGCAGUCGCUGUCUUCGCGACAGCUGGCGUUCUUUUGUCGGGUACUGGCUCUGGUGGUGUUUGAGCCGGAGGACCGAAGACUGUUGGAGAGUGCAAAAGUGAUCAAGUCGCUGGAACUGCUGAAGCUCCGCCGCAGCCGCAUGAUACGUGCCGACAACAUCGUGGACCGCAACCAUGCGCUUAUUUUCAACGCGCCGUUGAUCCUGCAGCGACUGCUCCGGGUCUUGCAAGUGCAGAACUUUUACUUUGCACUCAAUCCAGUGUAUGAGCCGUUUUCGUCCGAGCUCGCCACGUCUGCCGAGUUUGCGACUCUACUCUACCAAACGAGCGGUCGUAGUGACUGGGACACAAUUGAUCGCCUUGUUACACAUCCAGUACUUGGCGCUUCCGACGAUCUCACGAUCCUUCACCGACAUCACCAAGAACAAGCUACUGCAGCGGCAGGAGGUGAUUCAAACUUGUCUUCGUCAUCGGAUCUGCAGCCGCAGCAACCGUUCUCUGCCGAGACGGCUAUCUUGCGGGACUUGAUCUUCCGUAAUCGAUCGCCCGACCAACGCGCUCGGGAAGACGCAGAGGCGCAAAUUAUCAUGAAGUCGAUUGUGCUGGCUCCGUACCGCGUCGAGGUGCUAUUUGUGCUUUGUACGCUGCUGAAUGGCAAGCGCAAAGUGGAUUUCCAGGAACGGCUUGCAGAGGUGGGGCUUGUGAAAACGCUGAACACGAUGUUUGAUAAGUUCCAGUGGACGACAACAGUGCCCUCGAAUCCGGUUCAUGAGUCGUUGCAUGGACCUGGCUGUGACUGCAGCUUGGAUGCAUCGUUAAAGAUUCAAUUCCUCCGUCUGAUCCAUAAUUUUUGCGACCGCGAUUACAGUGACAACACUAGCAAGCUCUUGUUGCUUAGUGAGCAUGAGAUUCGGCUAAUGAAUGAUGGGAGUUCUACGCCCAUCGACCUCGAUCAUCCGGACAAAGGGUUACUGUCGAAGAUCAUACACGCGCUCAUUAAACAGCCAGUUGACUCUAUUUAUCGGUUCUGGCUGGCUUCUUGCGUGGAAGCAUUUCUGCGGCGGGCAACUUCCAGUGAACAGCUUUUUGUGGCCCGUACGCCAUUGUUACAUGCGCUGAUUAACGAGAUUCUUAUCGGAGGUGCCUAUCGUUCACAAGGCAGUUUCCAGUCAGCCUUCGAUUUGCUUGGAGAAAUGACCAAGGGCAACUGGUUGACAUUGCAACUUUUCCAUGGGCUGCUAAGCAACGCCCAGUUUGCAGCUUUCAUGGAAGUAGUGGUACUAAAUUUAGUGGAUUCGAAUGUGUUCAUCCGGUCGAUGCUGCUGUCUUCCGAGAAGUUCGCAAAACGGCCUACGAGUGGAACGUUUGGUCUAGCAGAUGACUUUGAGAUGGACCGCAUGAGCGAGUUUCUAACCGUCAAUCUGGUGCGCCUACUACGUGAUCUCAUGACGAUCGUCACAAUGGACGACAUCAACCACGAAAAUAUUUGCUGUUUGAACACCGCGAUAGUCAUUUUCGUCUUUCAGCAUCGUCGGCAGCGGCUCCCGGCUAUUCUUGAGGCUUUGCGUGAUUACGAAGAUGUAUGUGGCAAGCAAGGGUACGUUUGUAAUAAUUUCCGCGGCUUGCUGUGGUUUUGGAUCCAGUAUUACACACCGCGUGGCCGCGAUCGCCUGGGACUUGAACACUCAAGCGAAGUCAAAUUUGAAGAAUGGCGACACGUGGUCUCACUGCUGUGUGCUGACGAUGGAUCCAAGACUGCUUUGCUCUCGACUCCGGCGCGCCUUCCGCUGUCGGCAUAUUCACGCCUGUAUGCUACUCCCCGAAGGAGGUGCUCAUAA